GCAAGCCGGUGUGUAGGACCGCAGGAGAGGAGAGAGCAGGACCUGGAAACAGGGGUAGAGGCGUACCAUGCUCCCUGCCGUCGGGUCUCCAGCAGGACAGUAGGUUAGAACGGUGGACUGGGGACCGGCGCUGCAGAGGUUGUCUGCCUCUGUGGCCGUGGGGCAGGAGUGGGAAGAGAACAGUUUGGAGGAAGUUGGGGAGAGGGACCUGUCUCCCCGCCCUCUCCGCCUAGGUGACAGAGAGGCCCCGCUGGCUGGCGGGGUGCAAGCACUGCCCCGGCAGCUCACUCGGGAACCGGCAUCUGGAGAGCGGCCCCCGGGUGGAGCCGCCCGCCUGCCGCCCACCUGGGGCAGAGUGGCGGGCGCGGCGUGGCCUCCCUCCUGCGCCCCGGCCGCGUGGCUUGCGGCUUAUUUUCCCAGCUGGCAAGCGUCGCGCUGCAGACAAGGGAAUGCCUGUGGGGUUCAGCGCUCACACGGAGCCCUGGGGCUCUUCUCUUACACCUAGGUCCUGCGUGUUCCGGAGCUCGGGGGCAUCCUGAUCCCGCUGAGCCCCUUCCAGGUGCAGAAGGGUUAAGAAUGAUGAGGAAGAGGAGGAAGCGAGGCGUGCGCCCCGGCCCAUGCCGCAGUCCGAGGCCCGGCCUAGCCACUGCGCCCGCGCCGCCGCCCUCGCAGGAGCGCACGAGACCUGCAUGGACGGGCAUGGGCGUGAGAGCAGCACCUUCCUGCGCCGCCGCCCCCGCCGCCGCCGGGGCUGAGCAGUCCCGCCGCCCCGGGCUCUGGCCGCCGUCGCCCCCGCCGCCGCUGUUGCUGCUGCUGCUGCUCAGCCUUGGACUGCUCCACGCAGGUGAUUGCCAACAGCCUACUCAAUGUCGAAUCCAGAAAUGUACCACAGACUUCGUGGCCCUGACUGCACACCUGAACUCUGCCGCUGAUGGGUUUGACUCUGAGUUUUGCAAGGCACUUCGCGCCUAUGCUGGCUGCACCCAGCGAACUUCAAAAGCCUGCCGAGGCAACCUGGUGUACCAUUCUGCUGUGUUAGGCAUCAGUGAUCUCAUGAGCCAGAGGAACUGUUCCAAGGAUGGACCCACAUCUUCCACCAAUCCGGAAGUGACCCAUGACCCCUGUAACUACCACAGCCACGGGGGAGUCAGAGAACAUGGGGGAGGGGAGCAGAGACCUCCCAAUUACCUUUUCUGUGGCUUGUUUGGAGAUCCUCACCUUCGAACUUUCAAGGAUCACUUCCAGACAUGCAAAGUGGAAGGGGCCUGGCCACUCAUAGACAACAAUUACCUUUCGGUUCAAGUGACGAACGUGCCUGUGGUCCCCGGGUCCAGUGCAACUGCUACAAACAAGAUCACAAUUAUCUUCAAAGCACAGCAUGAGUGCACGGAUCAGAAGGUGUACCAAGCUGUGACAGAUGACCUGCCAGCCGCCUUUGUAGAUGGCACCACCAGUGGGGGGGACGGUGACGUGAAGAGUCUUCACAUCGUGGAGAAGGAGAGUGGCCGCUACGUAGAGAUGCAUGCCCGAUACAUAGGCACCACAGUGUUUGUGCGACAGCUGGGUCGCUACCUAACCCUCGCUAUCCGGAUGCCCGAAGACUUGGCCAUGUCCUAUGAGGAAAGCCAGGACUUGCAGCUGUGUGUGAAUGGCUGCCCCAUGAGUGAAUGCAUUGAUGAUGGACAAGGCCAGGUGUCUGCUAUCCUGGGGCACAGCCUGCCUCACACCACCUCAGUGCAGGCCUGGCCUGGCUACACACUGGAGACUGCCAGCACCCAAUGCCACGAGAAGAUGCCGGUGAAGGACAUCUAUUUCCAAUCGUGUGUCUUCGACCUGCUCACCACUGGUGAUGCCAACUUUACUGCUGCAGCCCACAGUGCCUUGGAGGAUGUGGAAGCGCUGCACCCAAGAAAGGAACGCUGGCACAUCUUCCCCAGCAGCUGUGGGGGGUGUAGGGAUUUGCCGGUUGGUCUUGGAUUCACAUGCUUGAUCCUUAUUAUGUUUUUGUAGGAGUUGUUUGUUGUCUUUGUUUUUUUUUGUUUUUUGUUUUU